UGGGCCAUGGAAUUCCAAUAAAGAAGCUUUUAUUAGUAGUAUUUUAUUUUGGCUUGUACUUUAGUUAAUAUAAUUCAACUCAACUUCUCUCUCUCCUUCUGUUUUCAUUUUUGGGGGAUCCUGCCCAUUUCCCCAUAAAAAAACUUUCAAGGUAUCUCUUUGGGCUUUGGGCUUAUUUGUUUUGGAGUUUGGUGUCACAAUCUCCUCUCUGGGUGAAACAUGUGAGUUUUCAUGCUCCUGCCUCUUCAAAAGGACAUGUAAUAAGGCAAUCCAUCCACCUAACAGAACAGAAAACACCAGGACUACUAGGACUACUACAAACUACUUCAGAGCAUGUCUUAAAAAAGAUGGAAUCUGGGAGUAGAUUUUACUCAGCUGAUGAGUUCAGAUUGGAUGCAAAAUGGCUUAUUGAUCCAAAGCAACUCUUUGUUGGGCCAAGGAUUGGAGAAGGAGCUCAUGCUAAAGUGUACGAGGGAAAAUACAAAAACCAGACUGUUGCCAUAAAAAUUGUUCACAAAGGAGAAACUCCAGAAGAAAUCUCCAAAAGAGAAGGCAGGUUUGCAAGAGAGGUUGCAAUGUUGUCCAGAGUUCAACAUAAAAAUUUAGUCAAGUUCAUUGGUGCUUGCAAGGAACCGGUUAUGGUGAUAGUUACUGAGCUUUUAUUGGGUGGCACAUUGCGUAAAUACCUGUUGAAUAUGAGGCCAAGAUGCUUAGAAACUCGUGUCGCUGUUGGUUUUGCACUUGAUAUUGCUCGUGCCAUGGAGUGCCUCCACUCUCAUGGCAUCAUACACCGUGAUCUUAAGCCUGAGAACUUGCUCAUGACUGCGGAUCACAAAACAGUUAAACUAGCGGAUUUUGGAUUAGCAAGAGAAGAGUCAUUAACGGAGAUGAUGACUGCAGAAACAGGAACAUAUCGUUGGAUGGCUCCAGAGUUGUACAGUACUGUUACAUUAAGGCAAGGAGAGAAGAAGCAUUACAACCAUAAAGUGGAUGCCUAUAGUUUUGCAAUUGUAUUGUGGGAGCUCUUGCACAACAAAUUGCCCUUUGAAGGCAUGUCAAAUCUGCAGGCGGCGUAUGCAGCUGCUUUUAAAAAUGUGAGACCGAGUGCUGAAGAUCUUCCGGAGCAAUUGGCUACCAUUCUAACUUCAUGUUGGCAGGAGGACGCGAAUGCUCGGCCUAAUUUCAGCCAAAUAAUCCAAAUGCUGCUUAAUUAUCUUUACACCAUUUCUCCUCCAGAACCCGUGAUUCCUUCUCGGAUUUUCACUUCCGAGAACACCGUCUUGCCACCGGAGUCUCCUGGUACAAGCUCAUUGAUGGCGGUUCGUGAUGAUACAGGGGAGACUCUGAAAGCAAAUAUGGAAGACAAGCCAAAAGGGUUUUUCUUCUGCUUCAACCAGUGUUAUUAACCCCCCAAAAUAGUUGAAGUGAAGAUUGUAAACUUCUGCCCUUUCUUUGGGCAGUAAUGUCUAAAGGGAAGCUUUAGUAAAUCACAGGAUUUAGUCCAAUUGGAUAACUUCUGAUAACAUGGUAAAUGUUUAAGUCGAUCGCAUUGCCAUUGAAGGUCAGUUAUCAGGUGAAAAUACACCGCGAGUGCAUCUUUCAUGCUGCUGGAUUUAGCUUGUAGGAGCUUAGCUCUCAUUAGGCAAUCUUUAACUUCAAGUAACUGAUAGUUUACAGUAAGGUUUCUCUCUCAUGUUUUCUUGUAAAUUUAUAAGUUGGAGGUAUAAUUUUUGUAAGCAAAGAAUCAAAUGAUGCUGUUGAUGCAUGCAUACUCAUUUUUCUCCUUCUCAUUAUUCCAUUAUU